AUGGCGUCGCGGAAAAUUGGGCGCCUGCCUGCGCUCAGCCACACGGCACGCACGCCGAAACGCAGCGAGGACGAGCGCUCCCUCCGUCUUGCAUGGGACGUGUCGCUCGGUGAGUCGCCCAUCACGGCUGGAGGGCUGGGCUCCCUUGCCAUGCCGACCGACGCGGUACCGUCCCCUCCUCGCGACCAUGAAGACGACAGUGAGGACGACCAGGACUUUGAACCGGAUGAUGAGCAAGAUAUAGAGGAAGACGACGAAGAGGCUGAGGCUGCCUCGUCGACGCCCCCGCCCGGCGAAGACGCUGGGCCCCCGAGCCGGCGUCAGCCUUCGCCCGUACGCACGCCAGCCUACGAGCAGGCCGCCGGCUACUAUGAGACGAUCGACUUUGAUAAGAUCACAGACCCUUUCACAGAUACUCGUCGUGCGUUUAUGCGGGGCCAAACCACAGCGCCCCCCAAGCCGCGCACGCCCAUGUCGCCAGCGCUUGGUCGGGCGCCGCCGACCUCGUCGUCCCCGACCAAAGUAUCGCCACAAAAACGCUCGCCGAGUCCCUUGGCAUCCAGACAAGGCAUGGAGCGCGUCUCGCAAAGCCCUUUCCGCGUCGCGCCUCCCAAGGCCCCGUCGCCGGUGAAGCAGGCGGCUGCGUCCCCCGUCCAGGCAGCCCCACCCGCGCCGCGGCCCAUGAGGGCGUCUCCCGUCCAGGCAGGUUCGCCGGCUCCGCUGCCUCGCAGGGCUUCACUAGCGAAAGCAUCGCCCGUAUCAUCCCAUCCCAAGGUGUCCUCGUCGCUUGCGACAUCCUCGCCGGCUGUACCUUCUCGUCCACGACCUGCCCCACGUACGUCUAUACCCAGCUCUCUACGUACGACGCCCGCCGUGCCGUCUCGCUCGAAUCGGCUCUUGACAGAAGAGCUGCUCAAAUGGAAAGAUCGAUGCGCGCAGCUCGAAGACGAAGUGGACGCUCUCCAGUACCGCCUGGAGCAUGUGCGGGAAGAUGCCAUGGGCUCUUCGACAGAGCAUGACGCCCUCGUACAGCAGCUGGACGAGGUGCGUCGCGGUCGCGAAAACGACCGAAAGGCUAUGCGUCAGCGUGUGCGUGUGCUGGAAUCGCACAUGGCCGACACCAAGACCGAGUACGAUAGUCGGUACUGGCGCCUGCUCAUCAGCUCUCCCGACGUAUCAAGCGAUGCCAGCAGUUCCGUGCAGGUCCAGCUCGUCGUGCAGCAAAAUCAAGUCACCCGGCUCCAGGCGGAACUCGUCGAGCAGCGGCGCCAAGCUCAGCUGGCUCGCGAGCACACAUCCUUCUUGCUCGGGCUGUACAAGUGGCGCGGCACACAGCUCGCCCAGGCUCAGACACUAGAGGCAGGUCGUUUAUCCGAGCACAUCGCACACCUCGAGCAUCAGCUCGAGCACGAACGUGCAGCGCGACUAGCGGCAGAAGAACAGGUGCAACAGCGCUCCGCUUGGACUGCGCCGCCCGUGGCACCGCCGGCCGCCCCACCUGCAGCGUUAUCGCCCGUACUGCCGCCAUCGCCCGCGUUUCCUGUCGACGCAGCAGCGCCCACGCCAUCCCCACCAGAACUGCAACCGGGUAUGACGCCCAUGCUCCGACGCACGGCCGUCUCAGCGGCGGAUUUGGACGUCGAAGGCACGCCCAUGCUCGGCACACGCACGACAGACGAGACGCGUCCCCCCGUGCGAAAAAAGAAGCGCAAGUUGCUCGGCGCCAGCUCGAAUCUCUUCCAGCUUCACGAAUCCGCGACACUCUCGCCAGGCUUGGACGUGCCGUCUGAUCUGCCGUCAUUACCGUUACCUUAA